AUGCUGAUCAAUAAACUAUCAAAUAGACGUGACGUUGUACCAGGAUAUUUCUUCGAAUACAAGUGUAAUGAACAUGAGUUAAUCGCAAGUUUUUGGCCAGAUGAAGUUGCUAGGAUUAACUACAAAGAAUUUGGUGAUGUCAUAUCAUUUGACGGGAUGUUUCGUACGAACAAGCAUGCCAUGAUUUUCGUUCCUUUUUUGGCCGUUGACAAUCACAAGGCUUCCAUUGUCGUCGGGUCCGCUCUAAUCAGUGGCAAGACAAUCAAGAACUUUACAUGGGUUUUAAAGGCUUUCAUAAAAUGUCAUGAGAAGCAACCAGUUUCCAUCAUUACAAACCAAUGUUCUGCAAUGAAGCAAGCUAUCCCGAUGGUGUUUACGGAAGCCAAACACAGACUCUGUAUGUGGCACAUUAUGAAGAAAGUGCCUUCAAAGGUCAAUGUCGCACUAAAUCAAGAUCCUAAUUUUAAUAAAGUAAUCAACAAGCUCGUAUGGAACAUACAUAUUGGACCAGCGGAGUUUAAGCGUCGUUGGCAUGAGAUGAUCGAACAAUACAACCUGGGGGUUGAUACUUGGUUCACAGAUAUGUAUGCAAUUCGACACUCGUGGAUUCCUGCCUUUUACAAGGACACUCCAAUGUCUGGUCUAAUGAAAACAACCUCAAGAUCCAAGAGUUCGAAUUCGUAUAUUAAUAUAUACGAAUCGUACUGGUUUGAUUUGGUUCAAUUCCUUAAUAAUUACGACGUAGCUAUAGAGAAGCAAAGAUACAGACAAUCUGUUCAUGAGACAAUAAAGAAGGCUGUAUGGUGCUGUGCUAUAAAGAAUGUCGAAUGCCGGGAUGUGUUAAAGACAUUCGUGAUAAGCCAUAAGACAAAGAAAUCAUCUGAGAACAUCACAUAUCUGGUGAAUCGAAAUUACUCAACAGAUACCGUCGAAUGCGAGUGCAACCUAUUCACGCGUAAUGGUUAUCUUUGUCGUCACGCGUUCAAGGUAUUGAUAAACGAUGAAGUUGAAUUCAUACCGGAUAGAUAUGUGUUACGGCGAUGGAAACGACAGUUAGUUCCAGUACAAAUACAAUCUGCAAGGGUUCGCUACGGCGAGGUUGAUGCCGAAAAAGAAAAGUGCAUUAUUGAUGUAUAUUCGAAGGUUGACGAGAUCAUAAGCAACGCCCGGAAUGAUAAGUCUAUAUUGGCUAAACUGGAGAGAAAUCUCGACACAUUUAUGGUUGAUAUAGAGAAGGAAGUUCCAUAUGAAGACCCAUCUCAACAGAGGAUGGAUGCAAUUAGGGAGCAUCUAGGUGUUUCAAUACCGGAUGAGGUGGAUAUUCUACCACCUUCUGGCAUCAGGAACAAGGGAUGCGGUACUGGUAAAAGACUG